ACAUACUUAAAAACGAAAGAAUUGUUACUCCACAAAGCAGACGUAAUAAGAAAAAGGAAAAAAGCGAACGCCAUUUUAGAGUGACAGUCACCGGUAAUUGAAGCAGUAUAAGAUUAAUUAAUUGUAAUGGAUAGAAGAUGUGGAAACCAGAUAUUUAAAUCCAUAUUGAAGUGCAGUUGCUCUGAUUCAGACUCUAUGUCACAUGAUGAUGCCAAGAAGAAUAUGAAUCAAAACUCAGAUAGUACUCAGAGUUGUAAUGUGAUUUCAAAGCUUCUGCUUCCAAAAGAUUUGAUGUUUGAUAUCUUCAGUUUCAUUCCUCUUAAUUGUCUGCUUAAGUAUGCAAGGUAUGUUUGCAAAUCUUGGGCUGCUAUUAUUAGCAGUUCUGAGUUUGCUGAAGUGUAUGAACUUCACCGUGCACGAUUUAAACCUGGUCUUUAUGUUGAAAAUUGCAUUGAACAAAGUAGUUCUUAUUUCAUGGAUAUUAAUGGUGUGAAUGGCCAAUUUGAAAUGAUUGAUUUUGGAACACCUUCAAAAAUGGGAAAUGUAAUCAGUACUUGUGAUGGCAUAUUGCUGCUUACGAAUAUUUGUAGGCAAAUUAUCAUUGCAAACCCCAUCCUCAAGUGCUGGCUUAGAAUUCCUCCUAUUCCCAAUUCUCAGAAACCUGUAGUAAUUUCUCUGCAAUGUACUAUUGCACGUGUUCCUCGCACUGGCAAAUUCAAGUUGUUCUUUAUAGACAUCCUUGAGGUUUCGGGUGCUGAUUGGUAUGUUUUCUAUGUGCUAAGAAUUGGAAUAGAUAACUCAUGGAAAGAGAUAGCUAGAAAAGAAGCUCCUGAUGAGUGGUGUUUUUUAUGGAAACCACUUUAUAGUGGAGACAAUGAUCUUUACUGGAUAACAUUUGAUGAAGUGAUUGUGAUGGAUGUUGACAAGGAAAUUAUUAUACGAGAAUGUCCACUUCCCUUUACGUCGAUGUUUAGUGGUCCACUUUCAAUGCUUUUAUGGAUGGGAAAUCGCCUUUCUUGCAUUAAGAAUAAAGGUUUUUCUACAACGUAUCAAAUCUUCAUUUUGGAUUUUGAUACAGGAAAUUGGUCUCUUUAUCACGAAAUGGGACCUUUUGAUUAUGCUGCUGCUUGCGGCCGUGAGCUUAAAAUUAUGACUGUGGAAUUUCGUUUGUGGAUCGACGAUCAAAUUAUAUUUCAAGUAGCUUUAUGUGAAACAGGUAAAAGGAUAAAUUUUAGUUACAAUAUCAAGACCAGACAAUUGACAAAGAUCGAGGGCAUUGCUGAGGGUUAUUUUGAGGUAUGGCUACACACUAACAGUUUGGUUUCAUUGCCAAGUACUCCAACAUAGCUAUGUAUUUUGGUAUAAUAUAUGUAGUUCUCCCUCUGUUCCUACUUAUAAACAAAAAUGAGUCGAUAAAAAUUGAUGUAUUUGAUCUAAAAUUUAGAUUAAAUACAUCAAAUUUUGUUGAUCCUUGUUAUAAAUAAGCACAGAGGGAGUAGUAUUAUUUAUAUUUAAUUAUGUAUAUGUUAGUUAUGACCAAAAUGAAGGUGAAGUUUUAAGGGGUUUUUUUAAUUUAUUUCCUUAUCAAAGUUGGAUUAAGAAACAUUUGUUGGGUAUUUUUUUAGUUAGUCUUUCUUUUAUUGACAAACAACGACUAACUUGAAAUUGAGACAAAUUUUGUGCUGU